AUGUCAGCUGCCAAGCGACGCGCUGUAAGCGCCGAACCAACGGACCCAGAUGGUCCAGAAGGACCACCAGUGGCUGUCGACAUGCCAGACGUCAAUCUCAGCGAUGACCAACGCGCGAUGUACAAGUACAAACUGAACAUAGCGGAUCCAUUGAACGAGAAGAACCUAGAGGCCGAGUUCGAGUUGGGGAAGAAAACGAUUGAAAUGCAACUCAACGAGAACGACUCUCUUCUGGAUAUCGUAGUCGGUCCGAAGUAUAAGGAUUUCGAGGCGGAUCCUGAUGGCAAACGAGUCAUUAUACAGGACAUUAUUGUGCACAAUUUCAAGAGCUACAAAGGCAGUCACCAGUUGGGACCGUUUCAUAAAAAUUUGACAAUGGUUAUGGGACCGAAUGGAAGUGGAAAGUCUAAUAUCAUUGAUGCUCUUCUCUUUGUUUUUGGUUUUAAGUCGAAAAGGAUUCGAGCUCAAUCGCUGGUCAACCUGAUUCACGACGAUCGAAUCGCCAAUAGUAAAGAAACCACAACGACGAUCAAAAUGGCCAAAGUUGAAAUUCUUUUCCAACAGAUUGAAGACAUUGACGAGGAAAAGUACGUUGUGUCACCAGGAGAAGCAUUCGUCAUUGCUCGUACCAUCACCAGAGAGGGAAGUUCCACCUAUCAGCUGAACAAUUCAAAUGUCCAAUUCCGUGUCAUUGAACAACAGCUGAGCAAAGUGCACAUCGAUUUGACGCACAAUCGAUUCUUGAUCCUUCAAGGAGAAGUCGAAGCGAUUUCACAGAUGAAACAUACCAGCGGAAAUCGAGAUGAGCCAGGAAUGUUGGAAUACAUUGAGGAACUUGUUGGCACUCAGCGAUUCGUCGAACCAAUCAAUCAACUGUCCCACUUGACUGCAUUGUUGGAGUUGAAAGUGUCUCAGUACCAUGCGUCGUGUCGUCAGCAUGCGGGGCACUUGGAGAAGUUCCGAGCCGCGAUGGCAGCUGGUGUUGGAUAUCUGAACAAUCAGAAUGCAAUCAACAUGUGUAAAGGAUUGAUGAUCCGUGGAAACAUCAGAUAUGGUAUGCAAAUGAGGCAAGCUGCGGAGGAGGCGCUGAUUCGGCGGAAAGAUGAGCUAGAUGAUGUUGUGUACACUGCAACUGAAGCCAGGAAAGCGUUGAGGGAGAAGGAACGAGAGGAGAGGGAGAUUGAUGCAGAGUUGACGGAGCUGACAAAGAAGAAGAUUGACGCAGAAGAAGAGGUGGCAAAGUUACAUGACACUGGUAAUCAGAUAAGAAUCAAUGUCAAAUCAGCGAAUUCGGUAUUAGUCAAAUGUGAGAAAGAGGCGGAUAAACUGAAAGAGGAGUUGGAACAGCUAAGAGAGGUUCCAGUAGCGGCACGAGUCAAUAUUCAGAAUAUGCAGGAGGAGCUGGAGCAGAUUCGAUUGAAAGCCAACGAGAUUGAUAAGAGUUUGACGAGCAACAUUCAAAAGUAUGAUAACAAGAUUGGAAAGGAGAGAGGGCAGACCCACGAGAUAGAGCAGGAGCAUAAGGUGGCGACGGAUGCGUAUUCCAAAGCAAAGUCUGAGUAUCAAUUGCUCCUUUCGGAGUUCAACUUGAAACGCGAGGAUGAAGAGAAUCGGCAGGCGUUGGCGGAUUGUGAGCAGAAGUUGAAAACCGAGGAAGCCAAAAUGACUGGUCUUCAGAAAGAACUCGAGGCCACUCAGGAACCUUACAAUGAAGCUAAAACCAAUGUCACUGCCAGUGAGACCACUUUGGGUACAAUGCGCCAUCAUUUGACUGGUGUUGAGAGCCGCCUUCAGUCCACAAUCGAUGAGCUCAAUUAUCUGUCACAUGAGGACUCGCAAAGGAAUCUUCGCGGCAAAACCACCAAAGUGAUGUAUCAACUCAAAGAGUCUGGAAAGUUCACACCGUUCAUUGGACGUCUAGGAGACUUGGCGCACGUUGAUGAGGAGUACGAUGCGGUCAUGUCGACGAUAUUCGCCGGAAAUUUGGACUUUUUGGUGGUCAAGACACAUGAGGACUGCAUAGCAGCUAUCGAUUUGCUCUACAAGUUGAAGCUCCCGCGCGCAUCGUUCUUCGCUCUGGAGUACGGUAAAACGGUAAACGAUCAACAUAUGGAUAAGCCAACUAAACUUCCUGGCAAACGCUUGUUCGACAAAGUGCAAUGCAAAGAUCCAGACAUCCGCCGUUGCUACUACAGUAUCAUGGGAGACAUUCUGCUUGCCAAAGACAUGGAAGAAGCGGUGAAACUCGACAAAAAAGGUGGUGGCCGUUUCCGUGUGUGCACGAUGAAAGGAGGACUCAUCGAACGAUCCGGAGCGUUGACUGGCGGUGGUUCGGUGAACAGAGGUCGCAUUCAGACGAGCGAAAUCUAUCAGCGUUAUGAAGCGGAGGAGUUCACAAGCACGAGCACUGAUAGCGAACGAAAUGCGCAUCGAGAGAAAUUGGUCACUCGAAAGGAGCAGUUCACUCGGGAACGGAAGACAAUGAUGGAGAAAAUCGCACUUGAAGAGCGCAAUCUUGCCAGUCUGAAGCCGAUUCUUGACUCGUUCGGACCGAAAAUCGCUGGGCUGGAUGAGAUGAUCAUUGAGACUCAAGGACGCAUCAAUAGUCACAAGCUCACGAUUCAUUCUCUGACAAGUCGUUUGGAUACUGCUGGUGACUCUACAAAUGCCGAACAAGAGCUACGCAAUAUGCAAGCACGACUCAAUAAGCUUUCCGAGACAGUCCAAGAAACAGAGGCAGUCGUGGCAAGGACUGGCGCAAAGGUGACUGAAAACGCUAGGAAGUUUGAGCUCAUUCAUGACAAGCUGAUUCGCCAAAACCGAGUUCAACUUGAAGAACAUCAGAAUCGUAUGAAGGAGCUGGAGGCGGAAAUGGCAAAGGAUCAAGCGCUGAUCACCAAUAGUCCAGAACAGAUUCGAGCUUGUGAACAAAAGUUGGCUGCGCUAAAAGCCACCAUUGAGGAUAAGUCUGCUGCUGCUGGUGUCCGUGGACGAGCUGAGAAGGAGUUCAAUGAUAUUCAGCUGGCGGAGGGAACGACAAGGCUUGACCGGACUCUUAACGAAUGGAGAGCUAUGAACAAAGAAGCCGACGCGAUCAAGGCCGACAGGAAACUCAAAGAGCAGGAGUAUCAAAGGGCUCUUGUUGAACAAAAAGAAAAGCAAGUCAUCUACAACGAAACUUUGGAUCUUGUGAAUGAAACUGUGGCUCAAGUGGCGCAACUGGAAGAAAGUCUGCUCCCUAUUGAUGAUAAUUGGCUUGAGCCGGAAUCCCUCGACUCCACAGUUCAAUAUGUUCGAAUCGGUGAUCCUGACUUUGAUGAUAAGGUGUCCGAAGGCGCGUUGGUGAUGCCGAACGACGUUUUGGCGAUGAUCGAGCCCUACCGUGAGCAAUACACGCUGGCCGUUUCGGAAAUCCAUUUGGAGUCAGAAAUCAUCGCAUUUGUUGACAAGAUGACAGCUCGAAAGCAGAAUCUGGAAGCGCAGGCGGAAUCGUUCCGAGUUCAAUAUGACGAGAAGGGAAUCUCGCAGUACGUGAUGAUGGUCUCCUUCCAGAUGAGUGAGCAGACAGCGGCGAGAAAGUAUCGCGCCAAGCUUGCCGCGCAUCGAAAGAAGCUCAAUGAGUUGAGACAAGCACGCUUGAGUGAAUUCUCGGAGGCAUUGGCAUUCUUGGGAACGACUACACAGAUGCUUUAUCAACUGAUCACCAAUGGUGGCGAUGCUUCGUUGAAGUUUGUGGAAGAAGGAAAGUCAUCGGAUCCAUUUUCCGGAGGAAUCAAGUUCAGUGUCCGACCUGCUAAGAAGAGUUGGAAAGUGAUUCAGAAUCUGUCUGGUGGUGAGAAGACGUUGGCUUCUCUCUGCUUCGUCUUCGCGAUGCACCAUUUCCGUGCGACGCCGCUCUAUGUGAUGGAUGAGAUUGAUGCUGCAUUGGAUAUCAAUAACGUUCGCUUGAUCGCAAAUUACAUCAAAAACUCGGAUCGCACCAGGAACGCUCAAUUCAUUAUCAUCUCGCUUCGCAAUCAGAUGUUCGAUUUGGGACCACGUCUUGUUGGAAUCUACAAAGUCGAUGGUUGCACAGGGAAUGUAGUGGUGAAUCCGGAGACGGUGGAGACCAGCAAGCGGUACACACAAAAGUUCUUGGAUCAGAAAAGGAAGGAGGCGUAUCUAAGGCAGAAGGAGCUGGAAGGUGCAGAAGAUGAGCAACCCGAGCCGUCGCCAGUGCCUGGAAGACGUAAGUUUGAAGGGGAAAACAUGAAAACAGGAAAACAUAAAAGAAUUUUUUCAGGUCCCCGCACACCGAAAUUCGCUGCGCCUUUAAACCUCAAAGAUUUCGGAAUCGGUUCAUCGGACGAGGAUGAGAGCGAUGAGGAGGAUCAGCAGCCGAUCAAGUCCAGAAUCCACGCUGGCAUCAUUCGACGAAUCAAAGACAUUGCUCUAGAAGAGGAAGAUAGGACACCGUCAGAUUCAGAAUACGAGGAAUCGACCAUAGGAGGCAGUUACGUCGAGGAGGAUGUUCAAAGUGAGGCCCCAUCAGCUGGCCGGCCAGUCGAGACGGAUCGAGAAGGUUCCUAUACCAAUUUCGAUGAAGAGGGCGAUGAGCCGAUUCGGAAGAAGAAGCGCAGGAAGGUGGCCAAGGAGUACGAGGAUGCUAGUGAUCUGGAGAGCACACCGACGCCCACAAGAGAUCCGAGUCCUGUGGUUCAGACAAGGUCCAGAAGAUCGAGACUUUAA